CUCUCUCUCUCUCAGUCGCUGAUCGAGCGAGCGGAGCUUUCCUCAGCUCUAGUACAGCAUUUAUCUGCAGAAGUACCCGGGCUAUUUGACUGACCAGCCGUGUGGAUUCAAGGGGCAAACAACCUUUGAAUACCCAGAUGACCAAUCACUCGCCUUGCUGAGACAACUUCGCUUUGCCAGCUGGAUCUCCAGGAACCCUCAUCACGGUAGAUCUGCAUACUGGUGUUCAGUGUUGGGAGUAACGCGGUACAAAAUGUAUCCUGAACUUGUUCAGCAGACGCGUUGAUUAUGGAACCAGUUUCUGAUGAACUGUGGUCUGGUGUGAACCAGGAGGACCCAGAGCUCCUGAACAUAAAGGAGGAGCCGCAGCUUGUUGGAUUCACUGCAAUUUCUUGUCAGUUUGAGGAAGAUGAAGAGAAAUUUCUGCUGUCACAGUUUGAUCUGCACCAAACCAAAGACGGAGGUCUUUCACACAGCUGCACCACUGAAGAGGUGAAACCAGAAAGUGGAAUAUGGAGUAUGGAAUAUGGUGGAGCAGCAGAUGGUACCAGUAAUCCAGAUCUAAAACAUGAAGUGGAUUCCAGCUCUUCAGAGUCUGAAGUGUUUGAAGAAAAUGACCAGGAUGGAAACAGUUCUGACUCUUCUGUAAUAUUCUUGUCAGCAUCUGAACCAAAAACUAAAGACCGUACCAACGACUGGAAUGAGAGCAGGUCUUCAAGCAUUCGGGUUAAUAAGGAAUCUGCUACAGUGAAGCAAAAUGUAGACUCAAGUAGGAAAGACCAGGCACCACUAAUAUUAAUUAAGUCUGAACAAACAGCUAGUCAAAACAGAAGUGUAAUUACUGCCGGUGUAAAGAAACCUCCCACUUGUGAGAUCUGCGACAAAACCUUCAUGCUAAGGUCCUAUUUAUACGAACACAGGCGAAGCCACGCAGAACAGAAACGUUUUUCCUGUGAACUCUGUGGAAAAAGAUUUAGCCUAAAGCGGGUCUUAAAAAAUCACAUGAGAAUCCACACAGGAGAGAAGCCUUUUGCUUGUGAGCUCUGUGGAAAAUCGUUCAGCCAAAAACUUAGCUUAAUAACUCACACGAGAAUUCACACAGGAGAGAAGCCUUUUGCUUGCGAGCACUGCGGACGAUCGUUUAGCACAAAGGGAGGCUUGACCAGCCACGUUAUAAUCCACACAGGAGAGAAACCCUUUACUUGUGAGCACUGUGGACGAUCGUUUAACAAAAAGACAAAUUUAGACAAACACAUUAGAGUUCAUUUGGGACAGAAAUGUUUUGUUUGUGAGAUUUGUGGGAAAAGAUUCAGUCAAAGCCCACAUGUGACUGCUCACAUGAUGAGAAUCCACAAAGGAAACAAAACCAUCGUUUAACUACAGUUCCUUUAGACAGCUUUGUAGUUUUUACACUGGGGUAUUCUUUCAGUGGCGGAGUGGUGGUGCCAGGAGGGCGCUAAGGGGUGCUACAGGCAAGGAUGUCAUUUUGAUCAAUGUCAUAAUCCAGUUUUUACUCUAGACUUCAUGUCUGGUCAAAUAAAGUUCUACUUUAUUUCUCCUUUUGAUUUAAAAAAAGGAAUAGAUUAACUUUCUGAUUGAAAAGCUACUUAACUUGUGUGAACUAGUUUUAUACAGAUUAUCAUCACAACAGCUCGAGUGUAUACAUUAUUUUUCUUAUCAUCACACUAACAUUUGUCACAACGUACAACCUCAUGACUGAUGGGUCUUGAUUCUUCCAACCUUUCCUCAUCCAUCACACCCAGCCUCUCCCUCUAUCACCUGGAAAUGUGUUUAUAACAAGAGACCAGUGGGACAAUUUUAGAUGCAACAAUAAUACUUUCUGAUUGUAGUUAGACUGAGGAAUAAACUAAGUUUUACUAAAAACAAAUGCAUUUCAUUGGACAACAAUAAAAUGUAAAAAUGUUUUUUUUUUCCUCACAAACUUUCAUUGAUUUUUAAACCGUUGAUGCCUUUAAGCACAAAUUGUACUUGGAAAGAAUUAAUUAAAAAAAAUUAACGUGUGUUUCAUUGGCAUUAAGCUUGUCUGUGUUGUAGAGGAGGUAUGAUUAAAAAGAUCACACAUUUUGUUUGUCACAUCUUAAGAUUCAAUUUACUAGAAUAAAACAAUUGCUUAAUGUAUAAGCUACAGUGCAUGCUUUUUUCUUGAAGUUAAACCUUACUAAUGAGAGAUGGGUGUCUGGAGAUGUCAGUUGUGUGGAGGUCAGUAUGAAAAUGUGAGUUUACCAGGCCCCCAUUAUUCUGGGAUGAAAAUGAAACAGACACAGAAAUGGCUAAAAUUGCAGUUCCAUCCUCCUCCUCUAGGGGCUGGCAGCAGAAGUGAGCAAAUCCUCAUUGACUUCCAUGUUACAAAUGCCAAUGGGGAGCCUAAGUCACUUCCGCAUCAUGGGUCUGCGGAAGAACGAAAAAAUGAAUGCAAGUCAACGGAGCUAAAAAUGCAAUUUUCUAACUCUUGCUUGUUUUUUUUUGCCAUGGGGUUCACAUAUGAUGUUCGUGAAUUUUAAAGAAGCAUUUUGAUACCAACAAAACGAUUAUUUUCGAAUGGGGGGAAACGCUAUUUUAGGUUUUGUGUGUCUUUACUAAUGCCGGUAGUUUUAGACGAUGUCUGCUGAUGUAAUUUCCUACCGAGUUAUAACCAAUCAGCAUGAGUUAACCAGAAGUUCCGCUCAGCUACUCCACCGGGCCGUUUGGAGUACCUACCCCUGAGCAGGUACUCAGAAGGUUCCUGAAAGGGGCCCGGAAAGCAGCCGUUCGGCCGGCCUGGUUAAGUGGAUGUCAGGAGGUUCCUGUAAAUCUUCCCUGAAGUUCAGAUGAUGGAAACGCAGCUAUGGGAGAGAGAAAAAGUGGUUAAAACACACUAAAUACACUAAUAACUACAACAGCCGAUUCUUGCUUUUUAAUAUCAGUUAUCACGUCAUCCAGGCUCGGGGCUGGGACUUUUGUCAUUUGCUCAUGGGUGAGAUAGUGAAAUUUGCAGCCACAUCACAGUAAAACUCAGUAAAACUCAAUAACGCCACAAGAAGUAGCUAGAUCUGUCACUAGUAGCCUCUUUGAAAAAGAGUCACUAGAGGGGUCUGAAAAGUUGCUGAAUAUUGUCCGGAUCUUCUCCUUCUCCCUUGUGUUCUCCUCUCGUUUAGUGUCUAUUGGUCUCACCUGAUUCCUGAUUACUUACUGAUGACUCAUGUCUGGAAACCCUCUGUUUGAGCUCGUCUUUGUCAGAACCUCAUCUUGUCUUCCCGUUGUAUCAUCCAAACUACCAUAAUUCAUAUUAAAUAGUUUUGCUUGCCA